AUGUCGGGUACAUAUACAACAGCCGUGGUAGAAGAGAAGAAGAAUUCACGCUUGUCUAUACCAGACAAGCUCUUGGGUGGUUUGGAUCCCGAAUGGGUAAAUCUAUGGGAAAAGCACGGCAGUCCCAUGGUGAGAGCCGACGAGCUAUCUCUUGAAGAAUUUCGCAAAAGUCCUGCUGCGUACAGCUUCACCUACCCGACAUGCCCGGGGCCGCCGGUUUUUCAUGUUGAGGACAUAGAGAUCCCGGUUUCGCAACCAGCCGGAAAGAUCAUGGUCAGAGUCUAUACGCCGGAAGGUCCAGGGCCAUUUCCUGUUCACUUGAACUUCCAUGGAGGUGGAUGGGUUCUUGGAAAUCUCAACUCUGAAGCUGCUUGGUGUCGGCACAUGUGCAACAAUGCCCAAAUUAAAGUGAUCGAUGUCGACUAUCGACUGGCUCCGGAGUUUCCCUAUCCAACCAGCAUCUACGACUCAUGGGAUGCAGUGAAAUGGACAAUCACCAACGCUUCUAGGCUCAAUAUUGAUCCAUCUAGUGUAUCUAUCGGAGGCCUCUCAGCAGGAGGUCAAAUGACUGCAGUAAUUGGGCAUUUUGCCCGCGACCACGGGGUUGACCUGAAACUUCAGCUGAUCAUAGUUCCGGCGACAGACAUGCGCUACUGUUUAAGAACCCGGGAGCUGAACGAGACUACUUGUCCCUACGAAAGCGUCUUGCUAUACUAUGAUGUACCUUGGGGACCCCUAGGUAGAGAGCAAUGGUUCCUGAAGUAUUGGCUAGGCGAUGACGACGAUACCCAAGAAAGGAUUUUGACGAAGGAUUGGAUCUGCACACCUGUGCUUGCUCCUUCAUUCAAAAACCUUGGGAGGGCACACAUCAUCACAGCAGAAUUUGAUCUUGAGCGAGAUGAAGGGGAGUUUUAUGGUCGUCUUAUGCAGGAGGCUGGGAACGAUGUUACAUUUAAGAGGUACCCAGGCAUGCCCCAUGCAUUUGCGCACUACAAUCACCCAGAAAGAGGACUUUCGCAAAGCUUUGUAUACAUCGAGGAUACGAGUCGACUCCUCCGGGAGGUGCAUUUCGGGAAGCGUGACGAAUAG